AUGUCUAAUAGAAGCAAGUAGAAUGCAUCAAAGGGUCCAGAUAAGGGAGCAUUUCCAUUAGAUCAUUUUCAUGAGUGUGAUAAUGAAGCAAAAUAAUAUAAUUAAUGCAUCUAAAAACAUGAGAACAUGCCCAAGAGAUGUAGAAAAUAUCAAGUUGAUUAUUUGCAAUGUAGAAUGAAUAAUGGUCUUAUGGAAAAAGAAGAUUUGAGUAAAUUAGGGCUAGGACCAGAAACAUCCUGGGAAACAGAGGAAUAAGAAAAAUAAUUCUUAUUCGAUAAGAUUAAUAAAAUGAAAUCAAAAGCUAUGGAAGAGGUAAAAAGAAAAUCAGAAGAAACAAAUAAAUAGGAGUGA